UGUUCACUAAUUGAGUUAGCUCCGUCGCCCUAAUUCAAACCGGUGUCUACUAGCAGUGGGGUGGGUAGCGAUGGCGUCCGUGUUUAGUGUCGCGGUCAUUUUGGUGGUUUUCGUCAACUGUGUUCAGUUUGCAUCUGCCAUCUUCUGCUACGACUGCAACAGCGCAUUUGACCCACGAUGCGGGGAAGAGUUCGACCCUUUUAGCCUCGGUGUGGUCAACUGUUCGCUACGUGACCCUCCUGACCAUAUAAAUGUGUCUGAGCCGAGCAUCUGCAGAUCUAUUAAGAUGGAGAUAUACGGAAAAGUCCGCGUCGUCCGCCAAUGCGGUUACAUCGAAGACGACCCGAACGAGAAGAACUGCCAACGCAAGGCGGGCAACGGGGACCUGUUCGUCACAUACUGCUCGUGCGACACCGACCUCUGUAACCACGCGGCGAAACACGGCUUGGCAGUUGUCAUGAUGGCGAUGGUCUUGUUAAUACUUCAAAUGUGUUGAAUGUUUGAAUAAAUAUGUUGCUGUUUGA